AUGCCCUCCAAACUUACAGAUCUGUUAGGAAGGCAUACUGACGGGCAAGAGGGAGAGGGCAAACAAAGGCUGGGGUGUUUGCCCCACUGGCUUGAUGUGGAGCACUUUAAGAAGGAACGAGAUGCCGCUGGUGGAGAGGAGAACCUUGUUUACGUAUUAGAGAUCGAUGCUUGUGUGCUGGUAUUGGACGAUUUCCCAUCAGUGCAAUUGCCAUUUGAAUGGUUGGUGCAGCUGGUCCCUCCAUUACAAACAAGGGCUUUCUCCAUUUCUUCUUCUAAUUUUGCCCACCCUAAUCAAGUACACCUUACCGUAAAAGUGGUGUCGUGGACAACACCGUUUAAGAGGAAACGCACAGGUCUUUGCUCUGUGUGGCUAGCUGAACUUGAUCCUCAACAAAGAGUUUAUGUGCCAGCAUGGUUUCGCAGGGGUUCUCUUCCCUCCCCACCACCAUCUCUUCCUCUCAUUCUCAUUGCACCUGGGACUGGCUGUGCACCUUUUCGUGGAUUUGUGGAGGAAAGAGCCUUGCAAAGUAAAUUUGAUUCAGUUGCCCCGGUGCUCUUCUUCUUUGGUUGUCAAUAUAAGGAGAACGACUUUUUAUACAGUGAUUUUUGGUUGUCUCAUUCACAAAAUGGUGGCGUCCUUGCUGAGGAGAAGGGCGGUGGCUUCUACGUUGCCUUCUCCAGGGACCAGCCGCAGAAGGUUUAUGUGCAACAUAAGAUGCGGGAGCAGAGCACCAGAUUGUGGAAUUUGCUCAGUGAGGGGGCUGCUGUCUAUGUUGCAGGUUCUGCAGACAAAAUGCCCGCGGAUGUAUUGUCAACCGUGGAAGAAAUUAUUUCUAAAGAAAGUGGGGUUCCGAGGGAAGCUGCUGUGAGGUGGCUUAGGACGCUGGAAAAGGCCGGUAAGUACCAUGUUGAAGCGUGGUCGUGA